CAGGACAUGUCAAACAAUUUGUCAAAUAAAUUUUAUGUAUAAAACAUUCAGACAUAAAUAACAUACCAUUUAAAAUAAAAAUGAUUAUCCAUCUUAAGUAAAUUUCUACAUUUAAUUAUUCGGAGAGGCAUGAUCAUUAUCAUAAAAUUUAUUGCAGAUUUGUAAACUAAAAUUAUUCAAGACAAAAUUCAAAACUGAUACAUUUUUUCCGUUGAUACAACAAGGAGCGUAUAUAUAAAGCUCAGACUGAGUGGUUUCCAGCUUCAAUGAAUCCUAGGCUCAACUUCCGAAUACCGUCUACCAGUGAUUGGACUGAAACUUGGUAUACUUACGUUUUUCAGAGCACUGAUUACGCAUCUGUCGGUCCCGAUGACUGCGAAUCGCCAUGAAGUCAGUUAUUCAGUCAUUAUGUCAUAAGAACAUAUUCUUAUUUACGCUACAAAUUUGUAUUUUUCGUAUUUUCAAGAAAGAAAAUUCUCAUCCUUAUCAUAUCCACUUGAAAUACGGACCACCUCAAAUUUUAACUUGAAGUAUGAAAACAUUGGAAGCGACUCAUAUGGAAUUCAUGCGGAUUAAGCUGGUAUCAAUGGAAAAUGACUACAACGCAUAAUUACACUCCCAGGUGUGCAGGUAUUCCAAAAAAUUUGGUUGCUUGGAUGUGUUCACUACGAUGCUCAAGUCAUUACGCUAAAAAAUCGUCGUGUGAAAAUCAAUCAAUGAACAUGAAUGUGGAAGGAGAAUGUAAACUCGGUAGUUGCUUUGAAAACAACCAAAAAAGUUAUUCAGAGGUAUAUAAUAAACCAAAGAAAAAGAUUAAAUGUAAAAAUAAAGGAAAGCGUCGAAACAAAAUGGACAAUGUAAUUUGUAUGCCAUGUCAAGAAAAUGAAAGAUUACUACAAGAACCAUAUGAAGCUGAUAAACGUAUUACAGAUCAUGAUGACAUUGACGAUUUGGAACAAAUACUGUACUAUCCAGAAGGAAAUUCUUCAGUUCAGAAAUGUAAAAACAGACGAAUAACUUUUCAUACAUGUCCUAAAUACAAUAAAACCAAAGAUACCUCGAGUGAUCAUAACUAUGAUGUCAUCGGACAAAAUCAAGAAAUUACUAAUCUUGAGGACAAGGAGCAAUAUGAAGAAACAGAGUAUGACGAAAAUGAAAUAGAAGAUGAUAGUAGCGAUGGAGAAGAAGAGAAAAAUCCAAAUUUAAAUUUUGAAAAUGACACAAAUAAAACACAAUAUUAUACUUCAACUCCCUCAUAUGAUCCCAAAUCCAAAGAAAAUAAUGUUUAUGAAAAUAUGGAGAACAAGGAUUACAAAACUGCAAAUAUUCCAAAUGUAUGUAGCAAUUGUGGAAAAAUUAAAAGUAAUUUCUGCACUAAAGAAAAUUGCGAGAAUAUAAAUGAUGACAAUAACGAAGCAAAUGAGAGUUAUUCUGAUAGCAAUAAAACCGAUCAAAAAUGUUAUAGAUGUGGAAUUGAAGAAAGAGUACGAAAUGAGAUUCGUACAAAAACUCAAUAUAAUAGACCAGUUUCUGGAUAUUACGACAAAAGAGAUGGACAAAAAAAGAAUACUACACGAACGAUUUGCUGUUAUUGUUCGAAUAUCAAGCAACCUAAGGAUGAUAAUAUGUCAACUCAACGAAAAAAUUAUUGCAGGAAAUGUUUAUACAAAGAUCUAACUCAGGAAAAUCGAGAGGGAGUGGGAAGAAGCACUGGAAUUGAUCAAAGAUUUAUUGAGUAUCAUGAUAAGGAACAGCCACAUGUCUACAAAAACACAGAUAGCAAAAUUGAUAGAAAUAGAAUCAGUUCCACCUCGUGCUCGUGCCAAGAAACAUAUGUAAAAAAUCAAAAUGAUCAUAUCUGUGAUUAUUGCAAUAUUGAAGAGAGUAAACAGAGUCAUUAUGAGCCGAUUCCUUGUCCAAAACUUUUUGAAAAUUUCGUGGUUAAUGAAAAUCGACCAAGCUCGUACGGAAAAAGAAAUAAAAAUAAUGACCAUAAGAAGUGUAUGUGUCAAGAGAUGUGUGUCAAUUUGGAGCAAUUUGAUACCGAGAAUAAUGAAUGUUUGAGAAAAUCCUCCCCUGAAUCCUAUAAACGACCAAGUCGAAAAAAUGGAAAUUUUAUUUGUAAUGUCAAUAAUGUUAGAAACAGUAAAUCGAACAAAAAUAAGAUGGAACCUAAAAAACAAGUAUGUUCAAGCUACCAGAGAACAAAUAAAGUAGAAAAUGACCACCAACCUCAUUAUUUUAGGGGUAACUAUCUAUUUUUUAACGACGAAAGAGAUACUGAUUCUCGAAAAAAAAAUGUUGCAUCUACUUGUGAAUGUAUAAUUUGCAAGCAACAGUCAAUUCUUCUGACUACUUUCGAUCCAAAUAAUAAGAAAUGGUGCUCAAAAACAUUUACGAGUCAUGUAUCAGAUGCCGCCAACGAUAAUGUAGAUAAGGAUGAAUCUGAAAUUUGUGGAUGUUUGUACUUAAAAAAUAUAAAUAGUUACAAAAGUCAAAAUGGAAAUAAGAUUCCAAUAAAAUUAUGUUUCUGUCAAGAAAAUAGAGAUGAGGCUGACUAUAUGAAUGAAGGUUAUGAACAAAAUGAUAAUGUUAAUGUGGAUAUAAAUCAUAAAGAUGGACUUAAAAUUGAGUCAGAAUUAGGUUCUUAUGAUUAUGUUACUUCGAUUGAGUAUAGUUGUACACCUGAAGAAAAUGAAAAUGAACUACCUCCCCAACAAAAUAAUAUUACAAUUUCGAAACAGUCCAUAAAUCAAAAUAAGUCGAAGUCUUCGACAAAAGAUAAUAUUUCUGAUCCCCAUCAAAAAGAGAGUGCAGCAAGUAAGAAACAAACCUGUAAUUGCUCUAAUAUAAAUUUCAAUGUAUGUUUGGAUAGUAAUUUUAUUUCCAAAAAAAAUAUAGAUGAACCUCAACAAAUAGAUAGUACCCAACUACCCAGUGAGUAUUUUAAUGCAAAUAUGGAUGAUAACGCUGAAGAUAAUAUUUCACGGAAGAGUGUUGCCUCUAGGAAAACUAGCAUAUAUGAACCCCAACAAAUAGAGAGUACCAUAAGCCAAAAGCGAACAAGUGGUUAUUUCAAUGAAAAUAUGGAUAAUAAUGCUGAAGAUAAUAUUUUACGGAAGAGUGUUGCCUCUAGGAAGACUAGCAUAUAUGAACCUCAACCAAUAGAGAGUACCAUAAGUCAAAAACGAACCAGUGAUUACUUCAAAAAAAAUUUGGAUAAUAAUGCUGAAGAUAAUAUUUCACGGAAGAGUGUUGCCUCUAGGAAAACUAGUAUAUAUGAACCUCAACAAAUAGAGAGUACCAUAAGCCAAAAGCGAACAAGUGAUUAUUUCAAUGAAAAUAUGGAUAAUAAUGCUGAAGAUAAUAUUUCACGGAAGAGUGUUGCCUCUAGGAAAACUAGUAUAUAUGAACCUCAACAAAUAGAGAGUACCAUAAGCCAAAAGCGAACAAGUGGUUAUUUCAAUGAAAAUAUGGAUAAUAAUGCUGAAGAUAAUAUUUCACGGAAGAGUAUUGCCUCUAGGAAAACUAGCAUAUAUGAACCCCAACAAAUAGAGAGUACCAUAAGCCAAAAGCGAACUAGUGGUUAUUUCAAUGCAAAUAUGGAUAAUAAUGCUGAAGAUAAUAUUUCAAGGAAGAGUGUAGCUUUGAAAAAAACUAGUAUAUAUGAACCUCAACCAAUAGAGAGUACCAUAAGCCAAAAGCGAACAAGUGGUUAUUUCAAUGCAAAUAUGGAUAAUAUUGCUGAAGAUAAUAUUUCAAGGAAGAGUGUAGCUUUGAAAAAAACUAGUAUAUAUGAACCUCAACCAAUAGAGAGUACCAUAAGCCAAAAGCGAACUAGUGGUUAUUUCAAUGCAAAUAUGGAUAAUAAUGCUGAAGAUAAUAUUUCAAGGAAGAGUGUAGCUUUGAAAAAAACUAGUAUAUAUGAACCUCAACCAAUAGAGAGUACCAUAAGUCAAAAACGAACCAGUGAUUACUUCAAAAAAAAUUUGGAUAAUAAUGCUGAAGAUAAUAUUUCACGGAAGAGUGUUGCCUCUAGGAAAACUAGUAUAUAUGAACCUCAACAAAUAGAGAGUACCAUAAGCCAAAAGCGAACAAGUGGUUAUUUCAAUGAAAAUAUGGAUAAUAAUGCUGAAGAUAAUAUUUCACGGAAGAGUGUUGCCUCUAGGAAAACUAGCAUAUAUGAACCUCAACCAAUAGAGAGUACCAUAAGCCAAAAGCGAACCAGUGGUUAUUUCAAUGCAAAUAUGGAUAACAAUGCUGAAAAUAAUGUUUCACGGAAGAGUGUAACCUCGAAGAAAGAUAGUAUAUAUGAACCUCAACCAAGGAGCAGUACAAUACCGAAGCAACAAACUAGUGAGUAUAUGAAUACAUAUGUAGAUAGUUCUAUUGACGAUAAAAUUUUGCACACAGUAUCUGCAAAGAGAAACUCGGUAUGGGAUGAAAAUAUUGCCACUGAUUAUAAUAACGUGAGCAGAACUUCUAAUCUAGAUAAUAACUUGACACCGUUUGUGAUAAGUGAAUUCCCAGAUGAUAAUACAGAUUUGAUGAAAAAUAUUUCCAAAUCAAAACUAAAUCAAAUUGUUGAUACAACAACAAACGUCAACGAUACUGAUUGUACAUGCCCCUACAUCGAACAAAUUACGGUCAAACUAACAAAUGACGAAAAUAAUUUACCUAGUAUUCCCAAACCCGUUGCUCAAUCUAAUGAGAAUAAUUCGACUGUAAACGAGACAGUUCAGGAAAAGGAACGUGAAGCUUCAAUUAUUUCCAAAAAGUUCAGCUUGUAUCGAAGUGGCUCUAAUAUAGUACCAAAUAAUACAAACCCUAGUCAAAAUUCACAAACACAAGGUAAUGUAAGCAAAAAUGGAAAUUUUGAACAAUUGUCACCUCAAAGUGAAAAUGAACUAAUGCUUGAUACACAUGAGGAGCAUUCAGUUCAUAAUCAGAGCAAUCUCUCUAAUAAAAGUAAAGCUCAAUCAGUUCCUAAUUCUCGUGAGGAUCAAUCAAGUCGUAGUCACCCAUUAAAACAACCUAAGCGCCAAUCAAAACAAAGUAUAUUUGAAUCAUCAGCUGAUAAAAAUCAAAAGUUAGUGAAUGACAAUUUCAAUACCAAUGUAGUUAUUAAAAAGACCAGUAACUCCAAAUUGUCAAAAUGUAGAAUUAAGAGGAUACCAAAAUCAAAUAAAAGUCAAAUAGAUAAAAUCCAACAGGGAUCUUGUUAUUUAAUAUGUAAAUGUAUAGGUAAUCAACAAUCAAAUAAACGAAACAUUAAAGAGUUCACAAGCUAUAAAGAAGAUGAUUAUUGCACAUGCACGACCAAUGCAUCGAGGAGGAAAAGUAGUAAAAACUCCAAUCCCAUGGAAACUAGAAUAUGUGAAUGCUCAGACACUUCUACACAGUUAAAGAAAAAUAAAGUUCCCAAUACCAGUAGAAAAUAUUCAUACAAUAAACCAAGUUCUGAAAAAAAGAUCAUUGCAGAAAAGGCUCAAAUUCCUUUAUUAAGUGAUAACCCAAUGGAAAUUAACGAAUCUUGGCCAGAAGAUAGUGCGGUUUUUUAUAGUAAACAAGAUCUGAACGAAAUAGACAAUAAAAAUAAUAAAUCUGAUACUUCUAUAAUUCUUAAUGUACCUAUCGUUAAUGCAGAAAAGAAAAAUGAAGAAAACAUGAAAAAUUAUGUAAGAGGCCAAAGUUAUGACGGAAGUCAAAGAUCAAGAAGAUCAGUAGAAUUCGUAUGCCCUCCAUCACAUUUAAAAAGUGACCAAGAUUGCGACAUAAAUGAAUUAACAGAAGUGGGAAGCAAACUAAAACAAAGACGACCAACAGGUUAUGCUCCACAUGAAAUGAUUGAAAGCACUUAUAGUAUUCUAGAGCCAAAAAAAGAUGACGGCCAAAGUAUAUCUCAAGUUCUUACUAGAAUAGAAGAAAAAGAAGAGAAAGAGAAUGGUUCUAAUCCCGUUGAUGUAAAUAAAAUUGAAGAUCAAAUGAGCACUAACAAAUGUUCCUGUCGAGAUGAAAUCCAAACAAAGGAAUGUUAUGACUACGGUAAUCUGAAAGGAAAAAAACAAGAGUUACCAAUUAAACAAUAUAUUUGCAAGAAUAUGUGUAGAGAUGAUUACGAAAAUGAAGUUAUAAAUGGAGUUAUCGAUGAAGAUCGUCCUUGUCCUAUUAGUGAGUACAACAUCUAUGAAAGUAUGAUUAAAAAUGCAUCAAAUGUAGAUCAAACUCAAAAGUUAUGUGACUACGGUAAUUUGAAAACUACUAAAAUUGAAUAUGAAGUUCAGCACUAUAUAUGUAAAGAUAUGUGUAAAGAGAAUGAAAACGGAGAUGAUGAGAUUCAUGUAGGUGAUGUACCUUGUCGCAUAAGCGAAUGUAACUUACAUGAAAAUUUAAGUGAAAAAAUUAGUGGAAAAUGCUUGUGUCAAAAUAAACUUGUCGAAAUAGAAUGUUACGACUAUGGUAAUCUAAAAGAAAAACUACAUAAAUCGCAAGUUGAACCAUACGUUUGUGAUGAUAUAUCCCAACAAAAGGAAGAAGAAAAACAUAUAGCGGAUUCUGGAGGUAAUGAUCCACGUUAUAUUAGUGAAUUUAAUACCUAUGAGAGUAUGAAUAAAAGUGAAUCUGAUCGAAAUAAACUACAAAAGGAUUACUCUCACGAUUACGGUGAUACUGAAUAUUGCUCUUGUCGAAUAGAAAACACUGAAUUUAAUGACGAAGCAUUGAAUCAACCUUAUGAAUACAAGAAUAUAGCAGAAAAUCUACAAGUCAAGAAUGAUUUUACCAUAGUUAGCAAAUCUUCAGCUCAUGAACAAAUAGAAGAAGUUGGAAAUAUUAAAUGUCUCGAAAAAAGUGAUGACUGUCCUUGUAAAAAUAUUGAAGAAUUUGAUAGUGCUAAUAAUCAGAAUAGCAAUCCCAACAACUAUCAAUCCGAUUAUGAUGCGAACACGUCAGAUAACGAAGAAAAAGAUACCAAUAAUGAAACAACUGAAAGUGAAAUGAAAAAUUUGAGCAAUAUUUUUCAAAACAACCUUAAAGUCAUCGACAGAGUUGAGUUCAAAAAUCUUGAAAAAACUAGAACCACUGUAGCGGAUGAUGUAGAGCAGAAAAAUGAAAAACCUGUACUGGAUGUCUGCCUUUGUAAUGAUAUUUUUAGAAAAAAUGUGAAUAUAUUUGGUGAUAAUGCUGAAAAACAAUUCUACAACAACGAUGACUGGGUCGCUUUGGAAAAGGCACAUAACCAAAAUGAUUAAUUUUAUCGUGAAGGAGCACAAUCUAAAGAAAAGGCCGCUUUGGAAAAAGAAAGCAGGCCAGUUAAUGAAGAUGCUAUCGAAUUAAGGUUGUGGGAAAAUAUGGAAACUGUCUCACCUAAAAAUGAUAUUUAAUUUCCAAAUUGAAACCAGAAUUACGCGACAUUCUCGUUCAAUAUAAAUUAUAACUAUUUGAAAUAAGGUGCAAAAUGUUUUAAGUUCAUUAUUUAAAUAAUUAAAUGCUCUCUUUCUUAA